CACACAGCAGCAGGCACAUGACCGCCUUCAGAGGAGCUAAAGGCCACAUUCGCUGAGCGGCGGACCAGAGACGACCCGCACAGGAGAGAUUACAACGCAUCCCGGGCCGCUCACUUUGGGACUCGCUCGGCUCGGGUUUCCGUGGCAACGCGAGGCGGCCGUUUUUUCCGCCUUUGGCCUUCAGCCACUAAGUGCUCCACUCCCAGCGCCGGCCCGGGUCACAAUGCGCCUCACCACGGAGGAGAGGGUGGAGAUGGGACUGAAGCAGCAGGGAACGGUCAACCCGGCGUUCGGGGACAAAGAGCACGACGGAGCGCCGCAGCUCGCCGCGGACGUCGCCCAGCCGCAGACGGAGGACCUGGACCGAGGGCCCGAUCUGGUCUACGCCCUCAACGACCGGCCGCCCUGGUACCUGUGCAUCCUGCUCGGCUUCCAGCACUACAUCCUGGCAUUUGGGGGAAUCAUCGCAGUGCCGCUGAUACUGGCCGAGCCCCUCUGCAUCAAGGACAACAACGUCGCCAAAAGCCAGCUCAUCUCCACCAUAUUCUUCGUGUCGGGGUUGUGCACGAUACUGCAGACGGCUGUGGGCACCAGGUUACCAAUCCUGCAGGGCGGGACCUUCAGUUUCAUCACGCCGACCCUGGCCAUCCUCGCCCUCCCCAAGUGGCAGUGUCCGGCGCCAAAAGGCUCCGUGACGGGCCCCACGCCGCUGCAGAACACCACGGGCCUGCCGGACAAUGACAACUCUGAUGAGGUUUGGAUGUCACGGAUGCGUGAGAUCCAGGGAGCCAUCCUGGUGUCCUCUCUGCUGCAGAUCGUCCUGGGCUUCUCGGGGCUGGUGGGUCUGGUUCUGAAAUACAUCGGCCCGCUGGCCAUCGCCCCGACCAUCAACCUCAUCGGCCUGUCCCUGUUCAUCGAAGCCGGGAAGAAGUCCGGAGGUCACUGGGGAAUCGCUGCUCUCACGGUGUGUCUGAUCCUGCUCUUCUCACAGUAUCUCAGCAAAGUCAACGUUCCCAUGAUCGCGUACAAGGACAAGAAGUGGAAGGUUUUCCAGUAUCCUCUCUUCAAGCUCUUCUCCGCUUUGUUCGGGAUGUGCGGCGCGUGGCUCGUCUGCUUCCUGCUGACCAUCUUUGACGUCUUCCCCACAAAGUCUGACCAGUACGGCUUCUCGGCCCGGACCGACAUCAGCCUGGACGCCGUCACCAACUCCCCCUGGUUCCACGUGCCUUACCCGGGUCAAUGGGGUAUGCCCACAGUGAGCGUGUCUUCGGUGCUGGGCAUGACGGCGGGCGUCUUGGCGUCCACCAUGGAAUCAAUCGGCGACUACUACGCUUGCGCUCGCCUGUGUGGCGCCCCCCCUCCGCCGACUCACGCCAUAAACCGAGGCAUCGCGGUAGAGGGCAUUGGCUGCAUCCUGGCUGCGCUGUGGGGAACUGGAAACGGCACCACGUCCUACAGCCAGAACAUCGCCGCACUCGGUAUCACCAAGGUGGGCAGCAGACUGGUCCUCCAGACGGCCGGCAUUCUGAUGAUCAUCCUGGGGAUCUUUGGGAAAUUCGGAGCAGUUUUUAUCACCAUCCCAGACCCGGUCAUCGGAGGCAUGUUCCUAGUAAUGUUUGGAAUGAUCGCAGCAGUGGGAAUAUCCAACCUCCAGUAUGUUGACCUGAACUCGUCCCGUAACCUGCUCAUCCUCGGCUUCUCUACCUUCAGCGGUCUUGUUUUACCAACCUGGUUUCACUCCAACCCCGGCAUCAUUGACACAGGGAUAAAAGAGCUGGACCAAGUGAUCGUGGUGCUCUUCACCACACACAUGUUCAUCGGGGGAUUCUUCGGGUUCGUGCUGGACAACACCAUUCCAGGCACCGAAAAAGAGCGGGGCAUCAAAAGCUGGCAAGACGAAGCGCAACAGGAAAGCAAAAACCUGUGUGACGAGUCGUGCUAUGACAUCCCGUACUUAAACAGUGUUUUUAAACGGUUUAAAUGUUUCCAGUAUCUGCCAUUCCUCCCUUCUUAUAAGACCAGGAGAUAGGGGACAACUAAUGAACCAUUAAAUGACGUGGUUUGCAUUGGUGCUGGCUUCUUAGCCCCAUGAAAUCAUCUAGUUAACAGUAGUAUGGGUUUUGUUAAAUUACAUGCAUGAAUCUAAACCAUAUAUCGGCUUUAGGACUCCCACGUUGAACACAUGAGUCUGUGUACAGACUGAAACAUUAACUCAAACACUCUAUUGACUUUCUACUACAAAGUGGAGGUUUCGUGUCUCCUUGCAGUUGGAAUUUAAAACAAAAAAACUUGAUGUAUAGGUUAAUAAAACCUCUGUAGUGCCUGAACAAACAAAGAGCAGCAUGAUACACUCACAAAGAGCUUACAAAAAAAACAUAUAUUAGACCAGUGGUUCCCAAACCCCCUUUGACGAUAUAGUAACAUGGAAUUAAUUGCAUUACAAUAUACUGUAUAUAUUUAAACUGAAAAAAAUGUUUCUUUUAAAAAUAAGAACAUAUUACCUCACUUUCCCACUUAUUAUUCAUUUAAACUAAAAUAAAAUUAAUUAAUUACCAUAAUGCUUGUAACUUAUUUAAACAUAUUUAGAUAAAAAUUCGAAAGUUCCGGUACUUUUCAUCGUCGUUGUCUAAAGCCGAAUUAAUGUGUGCACUGUUUGAAGUCAGUGUGUAGAGACUUUCCAGAGAGUCAUCAUGAAGCUGCUCGGUAGCCACUGUUCAGGUGUUACAGAUGUGUAGUAACGUUUUCAGUAGGAUCAUUACUACCUCAUCUAGGACAGCAACUUACAGAAACAGAUCAUUGAUGGAAGACUUUUUCACAUUUUAUAAUGUAAAAUUAAUAAUUAUAACAGUAUAUAUCUAUAUAUAGAUAUACAGUAUAUCUAUAUAUAUACAUUUAUAUACGGUUACUGCUUUAUACAUUUAAUUGUGUCUUUUGUCACUGUGUAGCAGAGCAUCUCUUUUAAAUUAUUUUUCCAUGUGACGCUUUUGCAUUUUCAAAUAUAUAUAUGUGCAAUUUUGUUGUGUCAAAUUUUAACCUUAGCCCUAAUUUUUGUACAAUCAUUUUCAAAGGGUCCUGAACUGUGAUUGGUUGUUGUUAAAUAAAUUCUGAUGUUGAUACUGACUUUCCUGUGUACAGAGUUCGACAUGAGAUGAAGGUUCCACAGGCUCUGAGAGUACAAACCACACCACAAAUCCACGCAAUUCAACAGGUUUCAUUUCAUCAGAUUUAAAAGUUAUUUGGAUGUGUGUAUACAUGUAUGAAUACUUCCCGUGCUUCAUGGGUUUAUUUAAAGUAUAUUUUAAAACUCCCAAGAGUUAUUCACUACGAGGUAACAGAAUCAUCAAUGUCAGUAGGAAUAAUCACCUGGAGACCAUAAACAAAAGUAGUGAAGUAUUCGUGGAUGAUUCAUUGUCAUGAUAUAACAAAGCGCAUGAAAUGCAGUCAUAAUUAUACCUAACAAAAACCAAACAAAUCAAAAACAGUUGUUUAUUAUUUGAACCAAACAUCUGAGGGGUAUUGCACGAAACCCGGAUAAGGGAUUAAGUCGGGCUAUCCAGGUUAUCCUGGAGGAAUUUAGCUCCAACUUGGUUGCACGAAAGCGAGUUGAAUUAAACCCGGCCAGGUAACCAUGGCGAUUUAUUCUUUGAAGCUAACCUGCACCAGACCAGGCUAAGAUUAAUCCUGCAGCCUCGUGUGUAAAAUCAGCUGCCGCUUUGACCCAAAACAAACGUGUUUCAAAAUGGUUUUAUAUUUUAUCUUGACAUGUUGCCAGGAUCUUUGCUGUCCAGUCAUGUUUGUUCUGUAUGAACAUUAAUUGUAGAAAGAUAUUUAGAAUUGGACACAGCAUAGAGAUUUGUGUAUUUUUUUUUGGAUACAUUUCCAGAGGAGGUUUCAUUCCCUCUGCUCAGUUUUGAAACAAUCAUAUUAAAGCAAUUAAAACAAGAGUGUACAACUUUCAUAGUAAGGAGAUAUCUCUCAAUCCUUCCGCAUUCAGUCGGUCCGCGAUUGUCUGCUUUUUCUCUUUGUUUAGUUACAGCUGCCGUAUUCCCUUUUGUGCUCCUGGAUCGACUCGGCGCCUCCUUCUCAGCGCGACUCGGCGAACGUGCAACCGAUUAAGCCGCGAUGAGCAGGUCACACUAAGUCAAGCGGCGCUUAAUCACACAGCCCUGAUUUCUUUAUUCUACUUUUGUGCGAUACCCCCCUGGUGUGUGAGGCCAGUAUCUUAAUAUUUAACAGCCGGGAAACAUUGUCAUCACCUUUGACCGUGGUUGAGCACCCAGCAUCCGUGAUGUGAACAAACAUUCCGUCUUGGGUUUCUGCGAGAACAUGUUAACUGGAUAUAUGUGAAUAAAAGGGACACAAUAAUG